AGUAAAUGAAAAUAUGUGAGAGACAUAAGAACAUUUAGGCAAAUAUGCAACAAAAAAAUCAUGUGAUUUGGACAAACUAGCCGUACUCAGAGGAGCGCCGUACUGUAAGAUUCCUUAGCAACCGUUGCUAUAUACACUCGCUGCAGUUCCUUCGUGUUAGCCGAACAGCUAACUUUGUCUUGAUAUGGAUAAAGUAGAUAAAAAGAAAGUCCCUGACAGAUUUACAUUAGAGACAUCGUUUACUAAAGACUUAAGACAGUCGUACUCAUCCAGUUUAGUGUCAACAGAAGAGCCGAAGGAUGAAGAAAAAUCACUGGAGGUCUGCUGCUCCGCUUCUGCUUCGUCCGUGCCGACCAAUGAACAUCACGAUAAACAAAUUCCCCAACUUUUCAUUCUUCACAAUAUAAUCGUCGAAAGAUAUGAAGGUGAUAAGUGCGGAGAUGCGUUUCAUGGAGACGGUGUCGCUUACUUUCAAGGCGGUCACGUAUACAAGGGUAGUUUUUCACAUGGGUUAAUGCACGGUCGUGGUGAAUAUAUCUGGCCUGACGGUUUGAAGUAUCAGGGUGAUUUCAAAUCAAAUGUUCUUAUGGGGCAUGGGAUUUACACCUGGCCAAAUGGCAGCAUCUAUGAGGGUGAGGUGCGCAAUGGUGUCCGCCAUGGUGUUGGGACCUACAAGUGUGCUAAAACCAAUACUGUAUACAAAGGUCAGUGGUGUCUGGGCAAAAGACAAGGAAAGGGGAUUAUGUACUAUAACCAAGCAGCCACAUCAUGGUACAAAGGAGACUGGUUAAACAACUGCAGAGAAGGCUGGGGAGUACGGUGUUACCCAUCUGGAAAUGUGUAUGAAGGACAAUGGGUUAACAAUAUCCAACAUGGAGACGGAGUAAUGAAAUGGAUUCGGUUGGAUCAGCAGUACAGUGGACAAUGGGUAAAUGGUAUCCAGGAGGGAAAAGGGACACACACAUGGUUUCGUAAAAGAGUGCCUUGCUCACAGUACCCAUGUAUGAACGAGUACAGCGGGGAAUUUGUUCAGGGAAUGCGCCAUGGUAAAGGAAAGUUCUUAUAUGCCAGUGGAGCUGUUUAUUGUGGAGAAUGGGAAGAUGACCAAAAACAUGGACAGGGAAAGUAUGUUUUUGAAGGUGGAUGCAUAUACGAAGGAGAGUUUGUUAAGGAUUGGAUGGCUGAAUUUCCAGCUUUCACCCCUGGCCCGAGUGCCCCUUGCACCCCUUACCCAGACAACAAUGAUUCACCCAAGAGACUUAUAGAGUCAAGAAAGAUUUCCUCAAUGCUUGGAUCCGACAUGGCGUUAAACGUCCAGGCCCUGUUAAACAGACUCCCUGAGACUCACAGGGAUCAAGAGUUUAAACAGGUAGAAUUUGCCGUAUUAAGACACAUUGGUUUGCUGAGGGAAAUUUAUAGCUUUUACAGCAGCCUUGGACAUCAGCAGACUCCAGACAAAACAUUCCCUCUUACCCACCUUCAGUUCUCACGCUUACUCAAGGACUGUAAAGUUCACCAGCAUGGGAUGACCCUUGCACAAAUAGAUCGCCUCAUCAAUGAAUAUUUUCAGCCAGAUGUGGUUUGUUCUCCUUUUACCACCAUUUUACCGAGAGAAUAUGUCAGUUAUUUGAUCACUGCAGCAUAUCACAUCUACUGCAAAGACAUUGAGUCAUCCAAUAAUCUACUAGCCACAUGUUUUUCAAAGCUCAUGAGGCAGAACAUUAUUCCCAAUGCAAAGAAUGUGAAAGGGUCUUUGUUCUGUCAUCCAGUCCAUCCUGUGAUUGCUUGUAACCACCAAGAAAGAUGCUGGGACAUUUUCCAGGCACUAUGUAAAGCAAAUUCAGCCAACACUGACAAAGCCCUGACUGUAAGGCAGUUUAUUUUGAUGCUCAAGGACCUCGGUCUAUAUGAUAAUGAACUGACUGCAUCUAAAGUACUGGAAAUAGUCUCUCUGGAAAAUCCUGCCGUUUAUGAUGGAACCCACAGCAACUUGGAAUUGGAGAUGACGUUUCUGGAGUUCUUCGAGGCUCUGCUGGGUUGUGCUGAGGUUAAAUGCAAGAGUAUUCAAACCACUGAGUGGCCGACUGACACCGAUCACCAAUACGAAACGGCGGUUUCAUCACACGAAAUGGCUCGGUUAUUCACACGUGAGAAGACGGAGCAAACACAAUAUCAAGCACUUGCUUUAAAAGUGGCUUUAUACUCUCAGAGGCUGAUGAGGGCACAGGAAGUGAAGCAGAUCUUGAAGACCGUAUAAAGAAAACACAGCAAUUCUUUACUCAGACCUUCUUUCCUGCAUAUGAACAUAGUGUGAAGGUGAAGGAGCUGGUGAAAGAGAGACUCAAACUGACAGAAAAAAGCUGAACUGCUCUUGCAGCGGUGAAAACAAGGUAUAAAAUAAUAGCAGUUAAACUAGUAAAUACACGUCAUCCUGUACUGGUGACUUGAUGUCUUUCAGACAAUAGGAGCAGAGGCUGAGGAGAUGAAAAGAGCGGAAGAUGGUUGCAAAGGCAGCAUUCCAGACAAUGAUCUCCGUCGCUCACCACUAUGACCUCCACAAAAUCUGUCAUUUUGUAAUUAGCCAGAAAAAUAAAGCAUCAAUUUCACACAA